AUAUGUGAAUGAGUCAAAUGCCACCUUGAGAUCAAUUGAUUUGUUAGGCAAUGAAACAUCAGAGAAAUUAAUAGCAGGAAUUGUAUGUGGAUGGAUAAUUUUGUGCUUUACUGCUAGGAAAGUGAAUGCAGGACCUACCUAUCCACGAAGUUCUAACAUGGUAGAGCACAAAAAAAUUGAUGCAAAGUUGUUAUUAUUGGAAGAGAGAAAAGAAAAAGCAUACCCGAUCUGAAGCAUGAACUCCAGCUUAACACUCUUCUGAAGUCUGACUGUAGAAAAAUAAUACUGGAGAGAGCUGAGGAAUUGUUGUCCUCAACAACUUCAAGUGAACCACGUACUUCUGCGAUCCAGAAUGCCACACAUUUCGGAAUAUGCAUAUUACAAGGUCCAGGCGCACCUGGAAAACUCAACAAAGUUUCAUAUCCAUCAGGCGCAGAGGCAGCAGGUGAAACAGUACCUAGCACUGGGCACCAAGCUUUCCAAUCAGAGCCUUCCCAUUUCUCACUCACAUCCAGGAGAGUCUGUUGGAUCACGUUCUGUUAUGAGAAAUGGUCAUAUCCCGUCUGGCAGUGAAGGUAGUAUGCCUGACAGUCCAGUUACACUGCUGUCCCUAGGAACCAAUCAUGAAAAUGAGAUGGACGAUGUCAUUGAUGAUAUAAUCAGCUUGGAAUCAAGUUGCUUUAAUGAGGAUUCUCCCAGCUGUAUGGAGCCAUCUUCUCUAAUACACAACACAUUGCCAUUGUCCAGCAGUAUUUUAGAUGUCUAUGGAGGCGAUCAGGGUAUGAAUGGAAGUAAUAUUGGACUCUCUGGUAGUUCCUGUUCUACUAAUCUUCCAGUGAAAAGGGAAAUUGCAGUUACACAUACUGGAAAUGCUGAAACACAUGCACUAGUUAAAGAAAGGCAAAAGAAAGAUAAUCACAACUUGAUUGAACGAAGACGAAGAUUCAAUAUCAAUUAUCGUAUUAAAGAGCUUGGUACCUUAAUUCCAAAAUCAAAUGAUCCUGACGUGCGCUGGAAUAAAGGUACUAUUUUGAAAGCAAGUGUGGAGUAUAUUAAGUGGCUUCAGAAGGAGCAGCACCGUGUCCGAGAAUUAGAAAACAGGCAAAAGAAACUGGAGCAAGCUAACCGAAGACUGCUGCUGCGGAUUCAGGAGCUUGAAAUGCAAGCUAGAGCUCAUGGUCUGCCCACCAUGUCAUCGGGCCUUAGUCCAAUGGAGUUGGCUGCCCAUCUCAUCAAGCACGAGUCGUGCCAGGAGGAUAGUGGCCCUGAUUAUCUACAGCAACCAACUUUGCCUCAAAUGUUGAGUGAACUCAAUGAAGGGUCCUAUAGCUAUUUGGACCCUUUGUCACAUUUCACAGACUUGUCCUUCAGUGCUGCUUUAAAACAGGAGAACAAGCUUGAUGAAGUUCUAAUGGACAACCCCAUCUCAGAGGGCGCAAAUCCUUUGUCCGCGACAUCACCUGGUGCAUCGAAAGGAAGCAGUAGGAGAAGCAGCUUCAGCUCGGAUGAUGAUAAAUUGUGAUCAAUAUAGUGAUUCACUAAGGGACUCUGAUCAUUUCAUUUAUCAAGAAAAUUAUUAAAACACAGAUGAUUUGCUUAACUACUGAUUCUCUGUGAGCCAUUUGCACAUUGGUAUUUCAAAUCUUCACUCUAAGGGUUAGAAUCCCUUUCCUCGUAAUGUUUGUUUCAUUCUGGUGCUGCUAAUACUAAUCCUUCAUGAGGAAAAUAAAAGUUCCCAAUGACCAAGUAGAAACUGCAUUUUCAGAAUCAAUAAGAAAUUGCCAAUUGCACAAUUAACAAGGAACAUAAAUGUUCAAAACUCUUCCUUCCUUUAUUUUCAAAUGGCCUGUUAAAUCAUGUUUUUCUGUUCCACUGAGCAGGAGAAUUUUAUUUUCUGGGUUAUUUAAAAAAAAACUUUUGUAUAAGAGCAAUGAUUAGUCAAAUAUUUUUUGAGGCAGCAGAAGUGUCUGUCAACACCAAGUCUGAAAAGUGCACAUUAAACUAUAUCAUAUACUGUGGUUGUCUUCCUGACCCAUCAGGAUCGUUGUGGAUGCAAAGUGAUUUCAUGAAGGAUCUGAUGGAAAUGUAUUUUGCCUAAUACAAAAAAAAUGUUUAAUGUGUGUUCUUUUUAAAAAAAAAAAUUGAAGUCACAAUUUUUUUUUGUCCUAAUUUUGGUCAAGCUGCAAUCUUUUGCUCUGCGGGAAAGAUUUUUGGUUUGGUUAUUUCUUGCUUAAUGGGGGUGUGGUUCAUUGCUUCCUAUUUUUGUUAUUUAAAAAUAGCAAUUGAGCAAAAGGGAUAUAUCUUUCCUUUUUUUUUUGAAAAUAACUCAGUUGACAUUUCUAUGGUAAUUAAUCCACAGGCAUGGGAAAAUUUUAUUGCACACUUGCCCAUGUUUGGAGUAUAUCCAGUGUCUACAUAAAUUUAUUAGAAUUACAAUGCAUUAAUCUAGUGCAAAAGGUAGAAAAUAAUUUAGCUUUUAAGUUGUUGGAGGUGGCAGAAGAUGAGGAAAAAAUAGUUCUUUGUUUAUAGAAGUUUACCCAACUGUGUUACUUCUACACUCUUCUGUUCCAAUAAUGAUUAGAUUCUAGAGGUUAAAUUUUAAAUUUUGGAGUUAACCUAUCUUUUCAAUAAUUUCACUGUUCCUGUAAAGCAUUUUCUUUACACAAUAAAAACAAAUGGUGAACUUCUGAACUUAAUAAACCAUAAGUUUUGUUGCAGUUAGAAAAUGGGGGUAAAACAAUAACUCAUCAACUGUUUCUCAACUAACUGAACAGCUUGCAACUAACUGCCUCUUCAGUUGAGUAAAAUAUUGAAUUUAAAGAAUCCCUAGAAACAAGGAACUGAGAACUAAAGGAGUCUGAGGUGCAGUGAGGUCAGAGAGAGACAAUUUCUAAGAAGAGUUUUAAGAAGAAACAAAUGAACAGAGAAGCAAGGCAAGUUGGGGAAUUUCAAAGCUGAAGUCCAAAUUGCCAAUGGAUGCGUUUAUAUAUUUAAAAAAAAAACAGGAAAAGCCAGAUUUGGAGAAAUGCAAAUUUCAAGCUAUGUUUUGAGAUUGGAGGAAACUAUGAAUCUAAGGUGGAGUAAGAUUUUUCUUUAAGGGACUUGAAGAUGAGAAAGGGUCUUUAAUAAUCUAGUGACUUGGAGACAAGUUGGGUUGGCUAAAAUAGAACAGGGGUGGUGGGUAAGAUGAAGAUUGGAAAUAUAAGCAGAAAAGAGUCAAUAAAGCAUUAAUUUAACUGCUUCUUAAAAACCUUGUUCCUGUGCGUGUAUCUACGAGAAUACUUUGAACAGGAAUUUGAAACUUCUCUAAGUAGAUAUAAUGGUAUCCUGUGUGGGUUAAACGGGGUCCAUAUGACAUCCUUUUUGAUUGCUUAUUUUUGCUUCCCAUUAACAGAAGAUGUAUGCACGAGUACAUCAUAUGCCCCUUUGUACCUUACGAUCUCACAAACCCUGCUUUUAAUUUUGUUCUCAUCACUUUUCUCAUCCCAUUCCUAUCCCUUAGUAUCAUAAAAUAUCCAUUAUUUUUGCUUUUGAAUGCACUCAACAUUUAUGAAAUCUAGAGGUUAAAAACAAUUAAAGAUUUGCAAUAAUACAAAUAAAAGCUUUCCUGCUUUUGUGGUCCAAACCGGAUGAUCACUUAUUCGGAUUCAAAGCUUGCUCUUGAACUCUGCUCCCCUUAUUUAGGAAGGCUGUCCACAAAAAAAUCCGCAAUUUUUGAAAUUAAAAUUAACUAGUUUGGACUGUGAAGGAAUAAUUUUCUCAUUUACUGUACAACAGAAUGAGACAACUGAUUUUCAUAUUAUAGCCAGUCUUGUAACAUGUUGCUUUGUACAUCUUUCUAAUGAAAUUUAAUUUUCAAUUGGAGAAUAUUUUUUCACCUUUAUCCUGUUCUGUAUAAAUGAGUUUACAAUUGUUAGAAUGCAGAGAUGGGUUUUGAAAAUGAAGGAAGAGUUGAAGAUUUUUGUCAGGUUUUUUUUAUUGAGUAGGGCAAGCAUCUUGAGCAAGGCUUUUGUCUUAAGUAUUGACAAUCAUUUGUAUUUUUGGCUGAUAAGCCUGUAUUCAAGGCUACAAACUAUUUACAGAAACGUACUGUCAUUGUAUUACAACGUGUAUGAAAUAACCCUUUGUAAGAUUUGUACAUUCAUCUUUUGUGGACAGAUUUUGGUACUGAAUUUUUGUGGAAAAAAAAUAUGUACAGAGUGUUUGUUUCUGUCACCAGUGCCUCUGAAAUAUUCCUGAAGGUAGUAAAUUCUUCAAAAAUAACA